AUGCUGCACAUUCUGCUUAGCAGACACAAGUCCCCUGGAGACUACUCUACAUAUCUUCAAUUGUUGCAGACAUGUGUUCUCAAGAACGCGCUUUCACAAGGGAAAAAAAUCAACUCUUUCAUCGCCCAUAGACGAUUUGCCUUUACUACAUGCACGACUUCUCAUAAUAAGCUUAUUUACAUGUAUGUUCAGUGCGGAUGUUUGGUGGAUGCUCGAAAAGUCUUCGAUCACAUGAAAGAACGAGACAGCGUCUCAUGGAAUACGAUUAUUGCAGCGUACAGAAGACAUGGGUAUCCUCAAGAGGCAGUAGCACUGUUUCAUCAUAUGCAACAAACAGGUCUAAAACCCGACAUAUUUACGUUUGCUAGCGUACUAUCCGCCUGUGCCAAUAUGGGAGCUUUGAAAGAGGGCAUGGACAUCCAUCAAAGCAUAAAGGAUAAAGGAAUUUCAAAUGUUGUAGUUGCAACUGCCUUGGUAGACAUGUAUGCAAAAUGUGGAAGCAUAGAUAAGGCGUCUAAACUGUUUGACGAAAUCCCUCAAAAAAAUGCGAUCACAUGGAAUACCAUGAUUGCAGGAUAUGCACAAAAUGGAUUUGUUGAAAAGGCUUUAGAUAUUUUCAAGCAAAUGCAACUGGCAGGAGUGAAGCCAGAUUCCACAACCUUUGCCAGCAUCCUCCCUGCCUGUGCAAAAAUGAGAGCUUUGGAACAGGUUGUGCAAAUCCAUCAAAGCAUAAAAGAUAGAGAAACUUUGUCGAAUGUUGUAGUUGCUACUGCCCUGGUAGACACAUAUGCAAAAUGUGGAUGCAUAGACAAGGCACGUGAACUGUUUAACAAAAUCCCUCAAAGAAAUGUGGUUUCAUGGAAUGCCAUGAUUACCGGAUAUGCACAAAACGGAUUUGCGGAAAAGGCUUUAGAAACUUUCAAGCAAAUGGAAUUGGCAGGUGUAGAGCCAAAUUCUACAACAUUUGCCAUCAUCCUCUCUGCAUGUGCUAAAUCAGGAGCUUUGGAACAGGGUAUGAACAUCCAUCAAAGCAUUAAGGAUAGAGGAUUUUUAUCAGAUGCUGUAGUUGCAACUGCCCUGGUAAACAUGUACACAAAAUGUGGAAGCAUAGACAAGGCCUGUGAACUGUUUGACGAAAUCCCUCAAAGAAAUGUGGUCUCAUGGACUGCAAUGCUUGCAGGAUAUGCACAAAAUGGAUUUGUUGAAAAGGCUUUAGAAACUUUCAAGAAAAUGCAGUUGGCAGAUGUAAAGCCAGAUUCCACAACCUUUGCCAACAUCCUCCCUGCCUGAGCCAAAUUGGAAGCUUUGGAACAGGGUAUGAACAUUCAUCAAAGCAUAAUAGAACGUGGAUUUUUAUCAGAUAUUGUAGUUGGGAAUGCUCUGGUAGACAUGUAUGCAAAAUGUGGAUGCACAGACAAGGCACAUGAACUGUUUGACAGAAUGCCUCAAAGAGAUAUAAUCUCAUGGAAUGCAAUGAUUUCAGGAUAUGCACAAAAUGGAUUUGCUGAAAAGGCUUUAGAGACUUUCAAGCAAAUGCAAUCGGCAGGUGUAAGGCCAAAUUCCACAACCUUUGCCAGCGUCCUCCCUGCCUGUGCCAAAAUGGGAGCUUUGGAACAGGGUAUAGACAUCCAUCAAAGCAUAAUAGUAGGAGGAUUUUUGUCAGAUAUUGUAGUUGGAAAUGCUCUGGUGGACAUGUAUGCAAAAUGUGGAAUCAUAGAAAAAGCACGUCAACUCUUUGAUAGAAUGCCUCAAAGAGAUAUCAUCUCAUGGAAUGCAAUAAUUGCAGGAUAUGCACAAAAUGGAUUAUGCAAGGAUGCUCUCAAAAUAUUUGAAUUAAUGAAGCAAUCUGAAGCACAUCCUAACAUUGUGCAUGCAGCCAUGCAGGUUUAGUGGAUGAGGGCUGUUCCAACUUCAAUCACAUGAGUAACUUUUACCGUAUUACACCUACAGUUGAUCAUUAUGUGUGCAUGGUUGACCUUCUUGCCCGUGCUGGCUGUCUUGAGGACACCCUAAACUUUAUCAUUAAGAUGCCAGUUAAACCUGUGGUGGUUGUGUGGAUGUGUUUUCUAGGUGCCUGUAGAUCACAUGUGAACAUAGGCUUAGGAGUAUUUACAGCGAUGCUGCUUUUUGAUUUAGAUCCUAAAAAUGCUACGACUUAUGUUCUUCUCUCAAACAUCUAUGCAGACGUGGGCAGGUGUGGUGAGGUUAAAAUGUUGAGGAGAUUGAUGAAAGAUAGAGGAAUUAAAAAGAUCCCCGGAUGUAGUUGGAUCGAAGGCCAUAAAACGGUACAUGUUUUUUGUGCAGGAGAUAGAUCACAUCCACAGACAGAGGAGAUCUAUGCAAAGUUGGAGGAAUUGGAUUGGGAGAUGAAGGCAGAUGGCUAUUUUCCAGAUUCAAGGCAUUUCCUUAAUCCUGUGGAAGAGGAGGAAAAAAAUUUAUUUCUUUGCCACUGUAGUGAAAAGUUGGCAAUUGCAUUUGGUUUGUUAACCAUGCCCCCCGGAACAACUAUUAGAGUCGUUAAGAAUCUUAGAGUAUGUGCUGACUGCCACACUGCAACAAAAUUUAUUUCCAAGACUGUUGCAAGAGAAAUUGUUGUGAGAGAUGUGAACCGUUUCCAUCAUUUUAAACAGGGAGAAUGUUCUUGUGGAGAUUAUUGGUGAUUUUUGUUGCAAGGGAAAUUGUUGUAAGAGAUGCGAACCGUUUCCAUCAUUUUACACAGCAAGAAUGUUCUUAUGGAGAUUAUUGGUGAUUCUAAAUGAAACGAUCUGAAAAAUAGACUUGUAGUAUAAUAACGUGCACUGUUUAAGAUCUCGGUAAUAAUGAAGGGACAAGGUUUUAUUUUUA